UGAGCUUCCACAAUGUCAGAUGUGGCGGAAGCAGAAUAUUCAACAUCAUCACCGUGAGUGAUUAAACCUAAACAGUCCAGUCAUCGCUGCGUGUGGGGAAUUAUAAAGAGGAGCGAUGUCAUCCUGGCUUACAUCACAGAUUGAAGCGGAGGCUCGGUGCCUGUAAGCCAUGUUGCUCUGACAUGCGUAAUCCUGCAAAACCCAUCAUAAUUUUGCUUGCUGAGAAUAAAUAGACUUGCUGAAAUUUGUUCACCUAACCUGAUAUUGAAUAUUGUUGUUGGUGAAACACGACAAAUUCAUUCAAAAUUCGUGGAGCUGCGUUUGAAACAGGGAUUACAUCAUCUGUCAGUAUGUGUUUAAAGGGAAGAAACUCCUCUUUCCUGUGUCGUCUUCAAGCCCUCAGACUUUGUGCUAAAUGGUGGCCAGUGCUGUGAUCCACAGCAGCGGGAGCCUAUAAUCCCGGCCGAUCAAAGGCUGAGAUUAACAAAGAUGUGGGAGGGACGGAGCUUCACACGGGAGGACAGUGACAGAGACAGCGGGGAUGCAGCCGGGCAGCGAUUGGUGCACACAAAUAGCCGGCCAAUCGCAGCCCAGGCAGGAAAAUAACACAGCGAGGGGAGAGCUGCCUGAAGACGGAAGAGCUACGAAAAAGCGAGGGAGAAGCUGAAAUCACAGCAGCGCACGGGGGGAGACCGACGCCAGAAGCCAAGGGGAGGAUGAGCGGAGCGGCGAGCGCUGAUCAGUGAGGCCUCAGAGAGGAGGAGGAUGGAGAUGAGCGGGCGGCACCGGCGUCCGUCGGCGCUCUGAGCCCUGGAGGCGACGCGGACGCUGCACAGGCCCAGCACCAGGCCCGGCUCAGCCCUCCACCCCGGCCCGAAGCGCCGGAGCGGGACCCCCGCGGGCCCCCGCGCGCCGUCUGGGCCGCGGCAGCCAUGAGGACGGCGAGGAAGGGCAGCGUGGAGAUGCCGGCGUUCGUGCGGCAGCUGGUGAAGGAGACCGAGAAGCGGGUCAGCUCCUUCUUCAGAGGGGGCCGCGGGGGAGCGGCCGAAGGGGAGACGCCGGGGGACGGCGACAGGGAGGAGGCCGUGCCCAGCCCGUACCUGGACCGGCCCGUCCUGGACAAGGCCACGGAGGACGGCUGCGGCCGCUGGGGCGUCACCUACGCCCUGGGCAGCAUGCAGGGCUGGCGGGCCAACAUGGAGGACUUCCACAACUGCGUGCCCCAGCUGGGCGGCCCGCUGGCCGACUGGAGCUUCUUCGCCGUGUUCGACGGGCACGCGGGCAGCGCCGUGGCCCAGUACUGCUCGCAGCAGCUCCUGGGUCACAUCCUGUCCACAGGUGGAGUCGGGCCCGAGGACGACCCGGGGAAGGUCAAAGCGGGCCUCGUCACGGGCUUCCUGCAGACGGACAGGCACCUGCUGGCGGCGGCGCAGCGGGAGGGCUGGGAGCGCGGCGGCACCACGGCGGUGGCCGCCCUCGUCUCGCCCCGCCGCAUCUACUUCGCCAACUGCGGCGACUCCCGGGCCGUGCUGUGCCGCUCGGGCCGCGUCUGCUUCUCCACCGAGGACCACAAGCCGUACCACCCGCUGGAGAGGGAGCGCGUGGAGAGCGCCGGCGGCUCCGUGUGCGUCCAGCGCAUCAACGGCUCGCUGGCCGUGUCGCGGGCCCUCGGGGACUUCAGCUACAAGGCGGCGGGGGACAGGAGCCCCAGCCAGCAGAUGGUGUCCCCGGAGCCGGAGGUGAGCGCCGUGGAGCGCUCGGCGGCCGACGAGUUCCUGGUGCUGGCGUGCGACGGCGUGUGGGACGCCAUCGGCAACGAGGACCUGUGCGCCUUCAUCCACAACCGGCUGCGCGUGUGCACGGACCUGAGGGACGUGUGCUGCCAGGUCAUCGACCUCUGCCUCUAUAAGGGCAGCCUGGACAACAUCAGCAUCAUCCUGCUGUGCUUCCCCGGAGCCCCCCAGCUGUCCGCGGACGCCCUGCACCAGGAGGCCGAGCUGGAGGACCUGCUGGAAUCCAAAGUAGCAGAGAUUUAUGAUGAGCUGUGCGCCAGAGGGGAGGAGCCGGACCUGCUGUCAGUCCUCACCGUCCUCGCAUCCAGCGCCAUCCCUGGUCUGCCACCAGGGGGAGGCAUACAAAGCAAGAGGAACUGCAUCAUAUCUGCUUACUACCAGCAAAGAGAGACGCGCAAGCCCACGGUACCAAAUGGCCUGGGAGACGCCUGAGACGCCAGCAGGACGUCGUCUCCAGCGGAUCCAGCGGUGCAGCAGUUCUCUUCAUAUGUGCAAUCCAAGAAAAAAGGGAAAUGACAUGAUGUUCGUUUGCUUGUGUAAAUCGCAAGCAGCAACUGGUCACAAUAAGUACAAUGCAAAAAUACAACUAACAAUAAAGUCUGAGACAGUAUAUUUAUAUUUCUACACGACAAAGACAUUUUGUAAGCUCACUCAGAGACUCUGACCCAGCAACAAAUCUCUGCCUCAUAUCCAGCCAACGGGAAGCGCAGAAGAUAAUUCCAAGCGACAGCCUGUAGAACUCAGCAACAGCCAACUGUGAAACUGACCAUUGGGUGAGUCAAGGAAUGUAAGAUAAGACGGGUAUACCUGUAAAAUAAUCAUAAUCUGAAGAAUUAUAGUUUGCAUUAUGAGACAUGUCAGUUCUGUUGUUUAGUUCCCGCGAUAACAGCUUUUUUCCCUCAUAGUUGAAAUGACGCACACACACACACAGACAACAUUGUUUAAUACAGUUCUAAUUAAAUGUCAACAUGCAAUAUGAAAAAAUACAUUUCACAGAUCAUCUAGACUCUAGAGAAGUUUCCUUUCAAGCAUGUAAACUAAGAACCACUUACCUAAAGCUAAUUUCAUGUGUUGUUAUCAUACAGCAUGUUGUGGCAAGCCCUGAUCUAACACCACAUACGUGAUCAAAUACAACAUACACCCUAGCUGACCUUUCAGAAUAGGUUUUAUUUCUUGUUUCUAGUUCUUCUGUUUAUUCAUACAAUAAUUCUAAAUACUUUCUCCAGCACAAUGUGAAAUGUAUUUUUUCCAUUAGUCUGUGCUGCCUUAUUCAUCCUCCAUUUUCAGUGUAUAGGCAUCACAUGAUUGUUUUGAACCCAAAUAAAGAAUAUUUGACUGGCACUAAA